AUGAGCAACCAUCUGCGCAGAAGUGCCCGAUUAUCACCACAUUCACAACAAGAGCAAUUCCAGCAAAGGAGCGGUGGUCGUUCUGCUACCACCUUGCCGAACAGCUUUUCGCAGCCCUCGAGUGCCUCGACGAGUUCUCAUCCAAGUCCCGUCAGUGACACUCUACAGCCUCCCCCACCACCACCUACUCCACAACAGCCCCAACAGCAUCGCAUUCAGAUACAAUCGCACUUUAUGCCUCACCAACAGCAAGGACACCCUCACAUUCACGCCCCGUUGCCUUCGCCUUCGGCUGCGCACAUGGGUCCAUUCUUCAGCGGGCACUACUCACAGCCUAACACAUAUGCCUCGCAGCAAAUGCAUCCCGGGUAUCAGAGCGGACAGCCGUUCGGAGACCAACAAGCUCAAGCGCAUCAACAAGAGCAGCAGCAUCAUCUGCAUCCUCACACAAAUUCGAUGUCCAAGGAGCAUCCUGCAUACCCACAAACCAUGGGUCCCGGGCAAUUGCCGCCUGAUUUUCUGGCCGAGGCGGCAAAACGUGCACAGAUGGCUUGUUUAAUGCGAGACUUGGGCGAUGUCUCCCUUUAA